UUUUUUUUUGUUUACGUAGUCUAGCUUCUAAGGCUAAGUUAAUAUUCUACGAUACAUAACUUUCACUUAUAUUAUACGUUAACUUACAAGUUACAGUUAUGCUGUAAAGUCCUAUAUACACUUACAAACAAGAUGAAGAUACACUGGACUUGGUGCAUUAUCUGCCAGCAAGUUACAGUAGAACCACUUAAAUGUCCAUUGCAGAGUCCUGGCACAAGUUGAGCUAAAACAGAUGCCUACUCAUCAUUUCUAGCAAAUGUGCAACAGUUUAGAGAAAUUGACUUGCUUCCAACUAAACUCUACUGUGGGAGUGCUGACAGUUUUGCAGCUCACUCUGCUUCAUGGCACAAAUUCUACCAUCUGAAAAAUAACAAUUCUUAGUUGAUGAAAGCAAGAAGGAAGUGAGAAAGCAACACAGAGCCUGAAGAGACGAGACCCAACAAGUGUAAGGCACUGGAUGUUCAAAUGGGCUUCUUCUGUGAGAAAGGAAAUGAGGAGGGUGACUUGUGUCAUGUUUCAACUUUUGAUGCAGAUGAUAAUAUUUGUACAAUGAUAACUGAAUUGCAAGAUUCUCAGCUCCUUGCAAAACUUACUGGGGGAGACCUUGCAACCGAAGCAAAGAAUCAACUCAAAUGCCUGGUCAAGUUGAGAAAUUGAUAGUGUAGCCUUAUCAGAAAAUUAAACCAGAAACUAGAAAUGACAAAGUGAAUGAGAGUUGAGUGUUUGUGGAGCUAAUGAGUUACAUUGAAAAAGCUGUUGACCAUGGAUCCCUUCUCUUCAAGUUGUCUGAACUCCACACACUAUAUGUAAAUCAUUUGGAGGAUUUUGAUAGUAGUAAAUUAAUUAACAAAACCAGGUUGACAAACCAACUACUGGAAUGUUUUUCAGAAGCACAAGAAGAGUAUGAUGGGAGAAAUGCUGUCAUUAUUUUCAAGGAAGGGAUGCAAUACUUUACAGGAAGCUCUGAAAAAAAUAGAUUUCUCUGAAGAAGCUGUUAUUCUGGCCAAAGCUGAAACAAUAAUAUGAAAGAUAUCUUCAGUCAUGAAGCCUUCAAAUUCACAGGAUUCUUCCCUCCACAAUGUCAAGAAGAAUCACAGUCUUCCAGUCUCAAGUAAAUGUGGUACAUAAUCAGACAACACAAAGAAAAGAUCAUCUGAGUCAGAUGUGGAAACAAGGCAUACUUUGGAGCAGGAACCACCUCUCCUCAUCUACAUUGGUUUGAAUAUUCAUACUCUGACAAGAAACAAAAAACUCAUCCAGCAGCUGUAUCAGAUGGGUAUCAGCAUUUCAUAUGACAGGGCUAUGGAGCUUGAAGACUGGAUUGUCUUUUCUGUUUGUGAGCAGUAUGAAGAAGAUGGUGUGGUAGUCCCUCUUGCCUUAGAAAAGGCUUGUUCACAGUUGGUGCCUUAGACAAUAUAGACCAUAAUUCAACUUUAACCACUGCUGUGACUUCUUUCCAUGUAACUGGAAUCAGCCCUUUCCAGUUUCCAACAAGGAAUAUACCUGGUGACACCUAGAUCAAGAAAGCAUGGGUUUCUGUUUGUAUCACAAUUACUUAAGUCUCUAAAGCCUGCAGGGAAUUGAUCAGAUGCUCAUGCAAGGGAGACUGCUCAAAAUCCAGAUGCAGCAAAGCCAAUCUUGACUGUUCCCCUCUGUGCAGUUGUAAAUGUGGCACAUAACCAGACAGUUGGAACAUUGUGUGUAGAAUGAUGAACUUGCUACUUCUAUAGACACAUACAAACAAUAUAUUCAGAAUUCACCUACAGACAAUCUGUUCCGAAUUAACCAAAAUACACAUUGAUUGCAACUUGUGCUGUAGGACCACACAUUUUGCACUAUUACCCAUGCAUGUCAUAGGCUGCACCUAUUCAUAGUAACAAAAAUAGAUGGCUAUAGUGCCCUGACAGUAAAAAAAUAUUGAUAGAAUGUUCAGUUGUUUUAAAAUUUCAUAAUUAAGUGCUAUUCUGACAAUUGCAAUAAGUCCAAGCAAGUUUAAGCAUAAUAUAAAUGGCAGGUGGUGGCCAUGUUGGAUUUUGAUGUAUUAUACAGAAACCCUUGAUAUUUCAAGAGGGCUCUGAGGCAAAACUUGAUAAGUGCUAUCAAAAGAAAAUUCAUACCAAAUUUGGUGUUUGUAUCUGCUCAGUAACGGUAACCUCAAAAUAUUGGGCUAAGCCACCUGACUAUUGUAUGUGUAUCAUCACAUUUGUUCUCUUCAACUUGACCAUUCUUUAUUUUUCGUUGCCCCUCUCUGAUUUACUGAGUUUAAUUUGGAUACCUCAGGUCUUUAGUAGAACCCGAACAUGACAGACUGGAUUCACUGUAACUCCUGCUAUAAUCUUCCUAGAAGUGGCAAAAACUUUUCUCUGACGAAUUGUGGGCACAUUUAUUGCAGUGACUGUCUUUCCAGAUGUGUGAGAGACAGAUGCAUGAUCUGUGGAAAUUCUUGCAGAUCUAUUCUCCUUUCAACAGAGAUGAACCCCAGUCUUCAGAUGUAUUUUUUAGAUCCUCUCAUUCAGCUAAAAACAAUCCAGCAGAUCUUUGAAUUUCAACAAAAUCAACAAAUGAGAUUAAUGAAGUUUUGGCGAGAUCAGGUGGAGAAAAUCAGUUCCUUUAAAGAUUGUUUUCAGAAAAUGGAGAGAAGACUGAUGAACUUUAAAUGUGAUAAUGCCACACUUCGUGAAGAAAAUCAAAUCCUACGCAGGAAACUGGUCCAGAAUGACUUGAGGUGAGCAUUCA